AUGGCGGAGACAUCAGGUAAGGGAACGACGAUGGCGACAUUACAUAUGGCUACGGAAGGCCAGUGCGACGCUUCUCUCCGGGUAGGAUUUUACAAGGGUAAAUGCAACUCGAGUAACGUUGAGGGCAUUGUUUUCUCAGUUGUCAAACGAAGAUUCAAAGACGCAAAAGGAAUCGCGGCUGCUCUCAUUCGUUUACAUUUCCAUGAUUGCUUCGUCAAAGGAUGUGAUGCAUCGAUUCUGCUAAACGGCGACUCCAGUGAGAAAAACGCGACUGCAAAUCAAAAUGUCAGUGGCUACGAUGUAAUUGAUGAAGCAAAGGAAUUGCUUGAAGCAGCCUGUGAAGGAGUUGUUUCUUGUGCUGAUAUCAUCGCGAUGGCUGCUAGAGAUGAUGUACAAUUAGUAAUUUUGUAA